AUGAUUACAGAUGUGACUUAAGAAAGUUUAAUUACACCAGAGAGAACUAAGGAAAAAGAUGCCACUGUAUAGAAGAGGAAAAAGCAUAAGCAUGAUCAUGCCCAUAAAGACUCAAAUUCACAUAGUCAUGAUCACGGUCAUAAGCAUAGCAAGAAAUCACAUGAUCACUGCCACGAAGAUCAUAGCCAUGAUCAUAGUGACGAUGAAGAGUCUGGACAUUCCCAUUCACAUUCAAUCUCUGCAAAGAAAGUCAAAAAAGAAAAAGUGAUUACAAAGGAUUAGUUAUAUCACUAAGCCUCUGAGAGACUAAUCCUUUAUAUCACUGUAAUCGGCUCAUUCUCACUUGUGGAGGGGAUGUUGGGAUUGUUCCAUGCCAAUGUACAUCUAAUAAGAGAUUUCAUGAAUACUCUGCUGAUGCUUUGCUCUCUUGGGUUUAGCGCAAAGGCUUUAUAGCUUUCUUUUAAAUCAAAGACUAAUAGUUUCUAAUUCGGGUAUAGGAGGUUCAACGUACUAGCUGCUUUCGUAAACUCAGUGUAUUUGCUGUUUAGCUUUGUGUUUGGAUUCGUUGACAACCUCCAUCAUAUGGUUGAACACUGGGAGACAGAUUAAAAUCUAGACGGAUCAGCAGCCUCUUUAGUUAUAAGCACAGAUAACUUACUUAGCAACAUCACAACAAAAGCAGCAAAGAUUGCUAAGAUGAGAAGCAUUCAUGAUGAACCUACUCACAUAUUAGAGAUGAACUAGUAUCUUACUCUUUUCACUCUCCUAAAAAUAGGCAUUUUCGGCAUGUAUCUAUACUUUGAAAGCAGAAACUACAAUAUCGACACAUAUAUGCAAGACAAUUGGUUUGGUUGGGAACCAUUCUUUGAAAAAAAUCAAGUAAAGUAGAAGUUGAAGUUAGUAAGUCAAUGGGACUCUUUUAGAAUGAACCUCUACUCUAUUUCAUUAGUCAUUGCUUGCGAGUUCAUUGGUAGCAUUGGAAACAUUUGGAUUUACUUUAUCUGUGCUAACUUUGGACUUAUUGAGAACUUACUAAGCAUCCUUAAAGGCCUCGCAAUAAUAUUUGUAGCUGCCCCAGUUUGCAUCGACUAGUGUUAUGUUCUGCUACAGCAAGUGCAUCCUGAGUAGCUGACCAGAGUGCUUGAAUUAAAGAAGGAGAAGAUCCUGCUAAUAGAGGGAGUGACUAUGAUCAGGUUUCAGCAUCUCUGGUGUCUUGAUAAGAGCUACAGAAUCAUAUCCUACGUGAUAGAAAUCAAAGAGAGUGCAGACCCUGAUCUUGUGAAGAAGAGAAUAGAGAAGAUGUUUAUUAACAAAUACUGUCAGAAAAUAUACAUUCACAUUCGUUAAUGA